UAGGAAGAAAGGAGAUGGCGUGCAUUUGCUGCGUCGCCAUUGGCUAGGCAGGACAAAGACGAGGACGCUGUCUUUUGUCCACCAUCGUAUAGCAUCUUGGCAGGCUUGUUGCAAGUUUUGUAAGUGUAUUACAAAAUCUCGCUUGUUUUGGUACCCUGGCAGGCAUACCUGUUCAUAGAUUCAAAUGGUUCCAACUGCUGGGCAACUGAAAUGAGGGGGUCUCGUAUAAGCCCUUUGCAAGGUUGGAGUGGCUCAUCUUGCGCGCGCAUGCCAGUCAACUAGUUCGAUGGUGGAAAAUCCAGGAAAAGGUGACUUCGCUGCCUAAAGCUUGAUUGUGCUGCUUUACGGCGGCCAGCAAGCAUGAAACCCUCGUCAGAUCAACAGACCAGCCAGGUCAAUGAUGAGAUCAUGGAGAAUGGAAGCUCAGCUGCUCAACUCCAGACCAGCGGUGAUGAAUUGCAGCUGCUCGACUCAGUGGAGAAAAAGAAGCCCGGCCUCAACAGCUAUGUCCUGGCAUGUGCAUUGCUUGCAUCACUCAGUUCCGCAUUGUUGGGAUACGACAUUGGGGUCAUGAGCGGAGCAGUUCUCUUCGUGGAAGAGGAGAUGAAGAUCAAGACGUUCCAGAAGGAGCUGCUGGUCGGCUCCCUCAACCUGGUGUCGCUACUAGGCGGAGCCUUUGCUGGACGUCUCUCCGAUUACAUUGGGAGAAAAGGUGGCAUGGCCACAGCAGCCGCACUCUUCCUGGUCGGCGCUCUCUCCAUGGCAGCCGCUCCGACCUAUGGCAUACUCCUGGUGGGGCGUCUCAUCACUGGGUUGGGAGUUGGCGCCGCGCUGCUGAUCGCCCCUCUUUACACCGCUGAGCUGGCACCAACGGGGGUGCGAGGCGCUCUCGUGUCUCUUACGGAGGUCUUCAUCAACGUAGGGAUCCUGCUCGGCUACAUCGCCUCGUACGCGCUCUCCGGCCUCCCCGCCAGCUCGGCCUGGCGCUGGAUGGUCGGUCUCGGGGCAGUCCCCGCAUUCUUCCUCGGGGCCGGCGCGCUCUUCAUGCCCGAGAGCCCCCGCUGGCUCGUCAUGCGCGGGCGGCUGCCGCAGGCGCUCCGGGUGCUCCUGCUGACGUCAUCCGGGGACCGCGACGACGCCGACGCGCGGCUUGCGGAGAUUGUGGCGUCGGUGCAGGGGAGGGGGGUGGGGAGUGAAGCGCGGCUGGCGAGGAAGGAGUCGGGGCAGCAGGAAGAGCAGAGCGCGGCUCCGCUGCGAGCGACGGCGGCGCGGAGUCGACGGGGGUCGGCCGACGAGCGGAACGGCAAGGGAAGGAAAGGAGCGGAAAGCAACGAGCGGAAUGGGAAGGAAGGGAAAGGAGCGGAACUCGAGGGCGAACGAGGGGCGGUGCGCAAGCAACCUGAGCUCGAGCAGAAGAAAGCGGAGGAGAUCGCGCGCCUGCAGCGGGUCGGCGCGCAGCCCGCGUUCUCCGGGAAGGGCAGUCGGGCAACGGAAUCCGGCGCCGGAAAAAACACCAGAACGCACACGGGGUCGCCUUUUAUGGAGCCGCACGAGGGGACGGACGCGCUGGCUCGAGGAGAUCUAGACGCAGCGGAGGGGCUGGAGGAGUUGGUCACAGAGCGGGGCGGCGGAGGGAGUGGUGUGUGGCGGGAUCUGAUGCUGCACCCUACACCGGUGGUCAAGCGGAUGCUGCUCAUCGGGCUGGGGUCCAACUUCUUCCAGCAGGCGACUGGUGUGGACGCCAUUGUAUAUUACGCUCCAGCCGUCUUCGCCCUCGCCGGAAUCAACACCCGCGCGGGCGUCCUCGCCUCCACCAUCGUGGUCGGGGCGGCCAAGGCCGGUUUCGUUUUGGUCGCCGUUUUCCUCUUGGACCGGGGCUGGGGAAGGCGACCACUCCUCCUCAUGAGCGCGGUCGGUUGCACCGUAUCCCUCCUAACCCUCGCCAUCGGUUUCAUGCUCCUCGGGGGCGGCAUGAACGACACCCAUACGGCCCAUGCUCCAUCCCCCGGUUCCGCCGUUCCGGUCGGGCAGGACGGAACGGGGUUCCUCCGGUCGCUCGCGCCGGUGCUGGCUGUGACUGCCACGUGUGCGUACAUGGCGUUCUUCUCGGCUGGGCUUGGGCCGGUGAACUGGGUUCUGGUUAGCGAGAUCUUCCCGUCAAGGCUUCGAGCGCAGGCCAUGGGGCUCGCGACCGUUGUAAACCGCACGAUCAGCGGCACUGUCUCCCUCACUUUCCUCAGCCUCGCGGAAGCAAUCACCGCGGCAGGCACGUUUUUGCUCUUUGCGCUGAUCGGGCUCGCAUCCGUGGCGUUCUUCUAUUACGUGGUGCCGGAGACGCGGGGGAAGAGCUUAGAGGAGAUAGAGAAGAUGCUCGCGCAGAAGGACGGCCCAGAAACGGAAGUUGCUAACGCUCCGACGGAAAAGCAAUCGUGGUUAAGUAGACUGUACCAAAGGAUCACAGGAAUGUUUGCUCGAGGGUAUUCCGAGGUAGGAGAUGCGGGACAGGACGAUAGCGUGAACGGGACCGAUGAAGAUCAGACGCCCGUCAAGAAGGAUACCGGUGAUACCCGCCGCAUCAAUAGGUUAGCAGCAGCUUCGGAGCAGGCAGAGGCUAGGUUAAGCUUGCGGGACAAAGUCAAGGCGAUCGCACUGCGUAAAGAAAACGUUGGUCCAUCGGAAUCGAGUAGGAUGUUAGAUGACCUGUAAAUCUCGUAAAUGCACGCCGCGCGCUGUGAUUUGAUUCUGAUCAGCUAUCGAUUGUAGCUGAUCAACUAUAUUUAACGAGCUUGCCCCGCCUGAUUGCUG